CGCAACGCAUCCAAACAAACUCGUCCCCCUUAUCAAAUCAAGCAAGCAAAGCAAGCAAGCAAGCCCACAACGACGACGAUGAGCACGUAUGACACUGGGGUUGGCAGGGCGCUGGACUCAAUGCACCUGUCGCUGAAAGGCGACAUCCAAGACACCAAGGAUCACAUCUCUCGCCUCCGCUCACAGCUCUCAUCACCCAAGGGGAGAUCGCAGCAACGAUACACCACCGAUGAUGAUGAUGGUGGUGACGAUGACGGUGGUGAUGGGUACGAGUACGACGACACAACCGACAACACGGAGCAAAUCAACGUGCAGGCGCUCCUGGAAGAGAACGAGAUCCUCAAGCGGAAGCUGCGACGUGCCAACAAGCAAGCCCAGCGACGAGAAGUUGAACUGGAGGUUGAGCUGCAGCGGUUGCGUGAAGAGCUGCAACGACUGCAUCGCAGUGGGCUGCAUCACGAGCCUUUGGAACGGAGCAAGCUCAAAGAGCCCCUGCGCCCGCCCUCUCGAAGCUCCCGCGCAGAGUACCUCAAGACACGCCGGGCGCAGGAAGCGCUUGACCAGAAGUUGACCCGAGCAAUGACGGAAGCGAAUGAUGUGGCGCUGCGCAACGAUGCGCUCAUGGCCGAGAACACGCAGCUGCGGCAGGAGGUCGCCCGCCUCCGCCAGGAAAACACAGACCUCCUCCUCUUUGCAAAGGAUUCCCAGACGGACACGCGUGUGCUGCGUGCGCAGGUGGUGACCAACGUGGCCCACCGCGCCGCGCUCCUACGCCGUCUCGGCCGCUCCGAGCGCGAUAAGCACCAGCUCGAGGGAAACCUCGCAUCCCUCUCCCAACGCUUCGUCCGAUCAACGCAGGAGGACGAACAGGAACAGGAGAUGCUGCGAUGGGCGCGAAUUGAUGCGCUGUCACGAACGCCGCGAUCACAGUCGUCGUCCUCCCGCCAACCCCGCCGAGCAGCACGCACCAGGAACAUUCGUGUCGAGACGUGGGCCGACCAGUAGUGACCAAGCUUCUGUUCAACGCUUCGACAAUCCCCCCCCCCAAACCACACACACACACAUAAUCGCCCCCCCCCCUUGUUGAUUUGGUUGUUCAUACCAUUCCUGUAGGCUGUCAUGUACAUGCCACUUUUACAUUGUUGCACACUCUUCUUAGUCUUGUGAAUGUGCUUUCCCCCUCCCCCCCCCCUUCUUCUUGCUUACUUGUUUGUUUGUUUGUUUGUGUUUGGACCGUAUUCGCUCUUGCUUCCACCCCACCCCCUUCUCCCUUAGCUUGCUCGUUUGGUGUCAAAGUACUGGAAUGUGGUCUUUUCUUUUGUGCAUAAAACACACACGCACCCCGCCACACAAGCAGGAAAGCUACGCCAUACACGAG